GGGGCGCGGUGCCCUGCUCUCGCAGGUCCGGGCUCACGACUCGCUCCGCUGCAGAAGUGCCUGCGUCUGGACCCAACCGCGCCCGUGUGGGCCGCCAAGCAGCGUGUGCUCUGCGCCCUCAACCACAGCCUUCAGGACGCGCUCAACUACGGGCUAUUCCAGCCGCCCUCUCGGGGUCGCGCCGGCAAGUUCCUGGAUGAAGAGCGGCUCUUACAGGACUACCCGCCUAACCUGGACACGCCCCUGCCCUAUCUGGAGUUUCGAUACAAGCGGAGAGUCUAUGCCCAGAACCUCAUAGAUGACAAGCAGUUUGCAAAGCUACACACAAAGGCAAACCUGAAGAAGUUCAUGGACUAUGUCCAGCUACACAGCACAGACAAGGUGGCCCGCCUGCUGGACAAGGGGCUGGACCCCAAUUUCCAUGACCCUGACUCAGGAGAGUGCCCUCUGAGCCUUGCCGCACAGUUGGACAAUGCCACUGACCUCCUGAAAGUUCUUCGCAAUGGCGGUGCUCAUCUGGACUUCCGAACCCGAGAUGGGCUAACAGCUGUCCACUGUGCCACCCGCCAGCGGAAUGCAGGGGCACUGACGACCCUGCUGGACCUGGGGGCUUCACCUGACUACAAGGACAGCCGCGGCCUGACGCCCCUGUACCAUAGUGCCCUAGGGGGCGGGGAUGCCCUCUGCUGCGAGCUGCUUCUCCAUGAUCAUGCACAGCUGGGGACCACUGAUGAGAAUGGCUGGCAAGAAAUCCAUCAGGCCUGCCGCUUUGGACAUGUGCAGCACUUGGAGCACUUGCUGUUCUAUGGGGCCAACAUGGGUGCCCAGAAUGCCUCGGGUAACACAGCCUUGCACAUCUGUGCCCUCUACAACCAGGAGAGCUGUGCUCGUGUCCUGCUUUUCCGUGGUGCCAACAAGGACGUCCGAAAUUACAACAGCCAGACAGCCUUCCAGGUGGCAAUCAUUGCAGGGAACUUUGAGCUUGCUGAGGUAAUCAAGACCCACAAAGACUCGGAUGUCGUACCAUUCAGGGAAACCCCCAGCUAUGCAAAACGACGACGUCUGGCUGGCCCGAGUGGCUUGGCAUCCCCUCGGCCCUUACAGCGCUCAGCUAGUGACAUCAACCUAAAAGGUGAUGCACAGCCCGCAGCUUCUCCUGGGCCCACUCUCCGAAGCCUCCCUCAUCAACUGCUUCUUCAGCGGCUUCAGGAAGAGAAAGACCGGGACAGGGAUGGUGAGCAGGAAAAGGACAUCAGUGGCCCCUCGGCAGGCAGGGGUAGCCACAACAAGAUCAGGUAGGAGGGCAUGAGAGGUCGGUCCUGGAGGGGUCUGUGUGGAUUGAGAACUAUGACAAACCAGAGCUGAAAAGGCAGGGAAAGGUAGUUCAUGGUACCUGUUCGGUGAUGGGCUGGGGCUCCAAGGUGAUGGCUGGGGCCGGCCGAGGAGCAUCUCCAGAAGAAACUGGGGCUUGCUCUGAGGACAGCGGGCAGCCGAGGGAGUUGUGGGUGGAGAGGCUAUAGUCCAACUUGUGGUUAGAAAGCUCAUUUGCAGCAUGAAAACUGGUAGUAAGUUGGUUGGGAAUUCCUUUCUGUGUAGACUCAAAGCCUACAGGUGAGAGUUAACUCCUCCUUCCCACCAGCCCUGGCCGAGCCCUACAUACCCACAGUACUUUUAACCUUCCUCCUGAGUCCUGGGACCCUGAGAAACCAGAGUAUUUGCAGUACUGACUUCCCCAUAACUUAAGAGUAGGAAGUGGAGAUUGGAGCUCUUAGCCUUUGCAGGCUUAAGAGCGGCCAGUUUGCUGGCUCCUCACCGGUUCAGUACAAGGUGUUUCCUUUGAGAUGCUCUCUGGGGUGCCUGUGAGGGUUCGUCUUCUUGGACCCUUGUGUACUGUCUGUGUUAACCACUGGUUGUAGUCUUACAUUCACCUUGUGUUCAUGGGCUGUCUUUCUUGCCUCCUGCUGUUUCUCCAGAGCCAGGUAUAGAGAAGGUGUUUGGAAGCCUGUUGGAGGAAAGUGUUACAUAAGCAGCGUGUUGUUUUUCACAGUGUCGGCCAGCUCUUAUAGCCCUAUGGAUUGAUGCACUCCUGGGCUGAGCAGCAAAUGCUUGCCACUCAGUUAACCUCUAUCACUUAGGCUGUGGCUGCUAAUGUCACUGUGCAGGCUGGGGUCCUGAUGCCAAGACUGGGUUAGAGACUUGUUUAAAGUCACAAGAGAGUAGCAAUCAGCUGACCUGGGUACAGGUGUUUGUUAGAAGGUAUUUGAUGCAGCUUACAUGAAGCUUUCCCUUUUGCCUUGCUUCCCCGAGCAUGCAGCCUGAUUUCCAUGUUGUAGACAUAUUGGACCCCUCCAAGGUUGUCUGUUUGGUUCUCAACCACAGUUCUUCCAUGAAGCUUUUGCAUUGCCCCUUGGGUUUUCUAAGAAUGGAAUGGGGUUGGUGGCUGAAAGAGUGCAUUCUAGGAGGUUGCAGUUUGCCAGGAGGGCUGCUUUCGAGUGGAACGGUGUGGCUGCCACUGGUUCCUUUCAUCUGUGCUUGUUUACACUUGCAGCAGGCAUAGAAUUAAACACCUCUAUUCUAGGGUCUCCAGCUCACCUGCUCUUUGGGAGGGCAGUAUUCUUUCCUCUCCAUAUUCAUUAGGUGAUUGGAAUGCCAGAUAUAUAUGCAUACGUAUGUGUGUGUGUUUGCGAGAGCUAGUGCUUGAACGAGAGUAUGUACAUACAUAUGUGUGCACAGCUUGCCUAAGACACCCCCCGCCCCCAAUCUCACAGCAGUGGACCUGACUGGUUCUGAGGAAGUAGACAACUGGGCUUGGGACUGAGAAACACUUAGAUGAGUUGUGAUACAGAUAUAGGGGGCUUACCUGGUGUGACAGUGGUCUGCCAGCCAGGAUGUGGCUGUGCAAGUUGGGUGCACUGAGAAGGAAGAGACCCUCCGGAACAGGUUGCCUGUUGUUAAAGCAAAAACAAGACUGAUGGCAUUUAUGGACCCUGGUGGGACUGCAGUGGCUCCUUGUUGCUCCCUGUUGGCUGAGCCUGGCAUGGAGCCCAGAAAUACGGUCUGUAGGUUCUGACCCGGCACCCCAGUGAAGCCUACAAGGGCAAAUUUGAAGCGGAGUCAGUAACUUAAUCUCUGGCCAAAAGGGCAGGGUCACAGUUGUUUAGGUGGUGUUAACAGUGUAGCAUAUUUCUAAGUCCCAGAGUGCUGGUCAUUGGCAGAACAGGCGAAUUUGGCCUGUCUGGGUACUAGGGAGCCCAAGCAGGCUUUUGGGCAGAAAGGACGAUCAAGAUCUCAGACUCUACCCAAGCCCGGAGAAGUGGUAUGGGGAAGGUGUCACAGAUGAGGACAGGCGCAGAGGCAGGAGAAUUGGGGCGCCCAGUGCAUGCUGGUGGUCAGGGUGCGCCCCGCCUGCCCUUCCCUUG